UGGGGUUUGCUUACUUCCACCCGAGGGGACGUCACCGUCAGCCCGGGAAAGACCACCACGCCGGUGCUACCAGCCACACACGCCUCCAUCACCACUUGUCUCUGCAAACCGCCCCAAGCAACAAACAAACCAACAUGGCUCCUUUUGAGAAAUCCAUGGAGAUGAUGCCCUUCAAGCAGAGGAAAUGCCUCGAAACAAGAAAAGAUGAAGUGUGCAGCAUUCGGUCUAAAUUCCCCAACAAGUUGCCUGUGAUUGUUGAACGUUACAUCCGUGAAAAGACUCUCCCCCUGUUGGACAAAACAAAGUUCCUGGUUCCCUUCGAGCUCACCUUGGGUCAGUUCCUCUGCCUGCUCAGGAAUAAGAUCGCCCUGGACUCUACCCAGGCCCUGUUCCUCCUGGUGGCAGAGAAGAGCAUGUCCUGCAUGUCCUCCAGCAUGGGGGAGGUUUAUUCCCGCCACAGUGACACUGAUGGCUUCCUCUACAUCACCUACGCCUCACAGGAGAUGUUCGGAGCACCUCAGCCAGCAGCUGGGCCACCCUGCUGAGCCAGAAACAGAUAAAAUGAACUGAACCCGGACCAAUGGUGGUGACACCACACAACCAAACUGGAAAAAAAAAGGACUAACUGAGCCAAGGCGAGACUGUUUCGUCCAGUUUUUUUUAACCCCAAACUGCAUCUCAGACUACCUCAUGAACCCCUGUAGACUUUUAAACACAGCAAAUCACUAUGUCCAUCUUGUGAUUGCAUUGGAACCUCAACUAGCCAAAACCGGACAUAUGUGGACAAAACUCCCCCUGAGGAAGACGUUUUAGACUGAUUGAUUAUUUGAUUGGCUCAUUUAAUGAUUUCUGUUAAGAGAUUUUGGGAGAAGAAGUAGAAGUCAACACAGAAACUUGUUUGAUUUUUUUAUGUAAAAAAAAAAACAAUCAUGACUAUGCAAUGGACUGAGCAUUGCAAUCAUUCUCCGUUACUCCAAAAAUUUCAGAGAAAAUAUUAAAAUUGUGAUGUUUUUUUUUCCCCCUUUACAUGACAAACAUUCUCAUAUUUGUCCUUCAGUAACCUCAGAAGCUUUGAGCUUCAGUGCAGACAAACCAGUUUUCACAUAACUGCACUGCCAGUUCAGGGUAAAAUCAGUCCAGUGGAACCACCACCACCUCCACCACCCUCUCCUCCACUCUACAAAAGCGGAGUCUUGCUGGUAAUCAGACUCCUUCUUAGCACUUAUCUCCCCUUCCUCCUCUCUUUUCUCUGAUUGCCUCAUCAUCCUCAUCAUCCCUUGAAAAUGUGAAAUUGUGCUCUGGACUCUCGUGGAUCAUUACAGGGACUUUUGAGGCUGUUGUUGCUGCUCUGAUGUGUUCUGUAUCCAGCUGUCAGUAUUAAAAGAAAAUGAAUGAA